GGGUUGCGGCAGCCAUAUUUCCGUCGUGUCAGAUAGGCGGGGCGCAGACACUGUCUGAGACAUGGAGGGUAGGGAGAGUAAGGAGCCAGAACAGCUUCGAAAGCUGUUUAUUGGUGGUCUAAGCUUUGAGACAACAGAGGACAGCUUACGUGCUUACUUUGAGAAAUGGGGCAUGCUCACAGACUGUGUGGUGAUGCGGGAUCCAGGGAACAAGCGGUCACGUGGCUUUGGCUUUGUCACGUAUUCUUGUGUUACUGAGGUAGAUGCAGCCAUGGCAGCUCGGCCCCAUAAAGUGGAUGGUCGUCUUGUCGAGCCUAAACGGGCUGUUUCCCGUGAGGACUCAAACAAACCAGGGGCGCACAUGACAGUGAAAAAGAUAUUUGUUGGUGGGAUUAAGGAUGACACUGAAGAGUGUCACAUACGAGAAUACUUUGAGCAGUAUGGAAAAAUUGAGAGCAUCGACAUAAUGGAGGAGAGAUCAACAGGCAAAAAGAGAGGGUUCUGCUUUGUCACUUUCGAUGAUCAUGACACUGUAGAUAAAAUUGUUGUUCAAAAAUACCACACCAUAAACUCUCAUAACUGUGAGGUCAGGAAAGCACUACCAAAACAGGAAAUGGUUUCUAACCAGAGGUAUCGUGGUGGUAUGGGCGGUAAUUAUAUGGGCAGAGGAGGCAAUUAUGGAGGUGGAAACUUUGGUAGAGGUGGCUAUGAAGGAAGUCGAGGAGGCUAUGGGGAUGAUGGCUAUGAUGGAUUUGGUGGAAAUGGUGGAAACUAUGGUGGUGGCCCUGGCUAUGGGGGUGGGCGUGAAGGAUUUGGUGGAGGCCCUGGUUAUGGUCUCCAGGGAGGUGGUGACGGCUAUGGAGGAGGAUAUGAUCAUUAUAAUGAUAGCCGAAACUUUGGUGGGAACUUUGGUGGAGGAGGAGGUGGAAACUACAAUGACUUUGGGAAUUAUGGAGGACAACAGUCAAAUUAUGGCCCAAUGAAGGGGAAUAACUAUGGAGGAAAAAACUCUGGUGCACCAUAUGGAGGUGGCUAUGGUUCAGGGGGUGGUGGUGGCUAUGGCUCAAGGCGAUAUUAAUGUGUGAAUAUUUUUGGCUUCAGGUGGACAGUUAGAAGGAGAUGAUAUGAGUGGAGAGGAGAUGAGAGGGGAGGGCAGGGGCAGCAGGUUACUGAGAGAAAGCCAGGACCUGCUAGUCAGAACGCUAAAAAUGAAGGCUCAAUAAAGGACUGUUCACAUUAGCUACAAUAAGCAAAUGAGUGUAGCCAGGUACUUAUUACCUAGUAUGUGUUAGUGUAUGUACAUUCCUUUGUUUUGUUUUUACUAGGUUAUUACCCUUUUGCAUUUUUGUGCACUUUGAAAAUUUAUUGCUUUUUUCAUAGUAAUAUUGAAUGUUGAUUCAUGUACUCGGUACAUGAUCUCAACCGAUCGAGUGUAGACUACUAUAUAAAUAUAUAUACUGUAGAUUAUAUAGGUAUAUUGUUAUCACAUAACGUCAUAAGCUAGCUGCAAGCUAUGGUGUUUUGGAUUCAGUUAUGUUUUAAUUUUCCGACAGUGAUGAUUAUCAGUGUCAUGUGUCUUUUUUUGCUAAUGUGUUUGUGCAGUCUUGCAUUGUAUGCAACAAAGUCAUAAGCAGUGUAGACUUGUCAGAAUGGUGGUCAGUAUGUUAACAGAUUCAUUUGCAUAAAUAGAGAGUCUAGAUUGUUAAAGUAAUUUGAAAAGUUAAAAAAAAGGUUAAAUAAAACUGUAGAACAAUUCCUAAUUGAA